AACGUGUUAAUAUUAUCUUGAGUUUUUUAAAUAAUCCUUAUUCUUUAGUUAAUUAUUUCAAUAUUUAUUAUUUUUGGCAAAAUCAUUAUAUAAUAUCAAAUAUAUUCACAAUGGAGCCUUUAUCGAAAAUUUCUCUUAAUAAUCAGAUUGUUUCCAUGCGUCAUAUUGUGCGCAAAUCAAAAGUGCAUACAAUCCACAAAUUAACACGGGAAGCAAAAAAAUUAAAAGAAAAAAAAGGAAGUGAAGAACAAAUUGCAAAAAAUAAAAAAAAAGCUGAACGUUUUAUCAAUGAAUUGAUGGUGAUAAAGAAAUUAAAUGAUGACGAUGUUACAAAAUAUGCCUUACAAAAUGAAGUACCUUCUGCUACAAUUUUAAAUAAUAUAGACAUAACAUUGGAAACCAGGGCAUUAGCGAGGUUAGCUGGACAUAAAUUUAUAAUUGAUAAAAUUCAAGAUUUUAGAAAUAAAUAUCCAGAUUGGAAAUUUUGUAUAACAGAUUUAUUAAAUGAGUUAGGUGCUAAAUAUAAAGCAAAAAACAAACCCAAUAAAAAGAAAAUCGUUCAGCUUAACAAUGUUAAAACAGAGAUAAAAACUAAAAUUCUUGAUAAAAAAAUUAAAAACAUAGAAGAACUUGAAUAUACUCAGUCUGAGCCUGAAGAUGCUGCAUCAGUGUUAGAAGAUACUCAGUCCGAAUCAGAAGGUGCUCAAUCUGAGUCUGAAAAUGCUGUGUCAGUGUCAGGAGAUACUCAAUCUGAAUCAGAAGGUUCUCAGUCUGAGUCUGAAAAUGCUACAGAAAGUGAAAAUUCACUAGUGCAAAAAAUUUUGCCUGAUGAAAAUAAUACAAAUAUUGUUGAAGAUAAAAAAAAUAUGUCUAUAGGUUCAAAGGUUUUAAUCUCUAAGAAUAAAAAAACUAUCAGAGAUAAAGAGGAAUGUUCAAGAAUAUUAGACAAAAGUUUACAUCAUUCACAAGUCAAAAUAAAUGUAUUAAACAUGCAAUUACCAAAGAAAAACUUACAUUUGUCUGCAAACGAAACUCUCGACAACACUGAUGUAAAUAUUGAUAAAAAUCUAUCAAAAAGAAAAGCCGAAAACAAUCUUUCAAGUAAAACUAACUUUAAAAAGCAAAGAAACACAAUAAAUGAAAUUAAACCAGUUUGUGAAACUGUUGAUUCAUUUUUUAUGACUGCUGACAAUAAAGACUAUAUGUCUGUUUACAAACCACCACCAAUAACUAAAAAAAAUGACGAGGAAUGUACAAAAGUAGAAUAUCAAAAACCAAUUAAAGACAUUUUUAGUAAAGGUAAAAGGGUGGUUGUUGGCAAACAAAACAACAUGGGCAACCGAAGGGAAAGAAGGCAACAACAAGUUGAGGAAUCUAUUGAUACGGCAUUACAUCCAUCAUGGGAAGCAAAACGUAAACAAAAAUCAUUGGCCAAAUUUGAAGGAAAGAAAAUAACAUUUGAUGAUGAAGACUAAUGUUUGUAAAAAAAAAAAUGUUUAAUCUCACAUAAAUAAUAAAAUAUAAAUACAAAAUACAAAAUAAAUAA